AUGGCGACAGAAACCUCUCAAUCUUCUCAUCCCACCAGCGACUGGCAGGAGUUGGUGGCUCGAAAGCGCCGCGAAUGCCAGGACAAAAUUCCCCGUGAAUGGACACUAAGCGAAGAUGUUUUGAAAGAAGUCCCUCAGCAUCUGCUGGAAUACAAUCUCCCGCGUCGCAGUGGCCUCUUGUCUGACAUUGAGCUCGAUAUCACGGAGAACUAUACGGCGACUGAGCUGUUGGUCAAGUUAGCCUCGGGUCAAGUUAGCUCUCUGGUGGUCACGACGGCUUUUUCGAAGCGUGCAGCAAUUGCACAGCAGGUGACUUCAUGUCUCACGGAGACCUUCUUCCCGGAAGCUCUGGAACGAGCCCGUUUCCUUGAUGAAUACCUCCAGCGAGAAGGAAACCCCAUCGGUCCCCUCCAUGGAUUACCGGUCAGUCUCAAGGACAGCUUCUGCCUGGAGGGCGUCCAGUCAACCGUGGGAUACGUGGCCUGCUUGAACAAUCCCCCUGCGACUAAGAACUCAGCACUGGUCACGAUGCUCCUGGAACUCGGUGCCGUGCUAUACGUGAAAACCAAUAUCCCUCAAACGAUGAUGACCGGAGACUCGGAAAACAACAUCUUUGGUCGCACCCUUAACCCGCACAAUACCUCCCUCACUGCAGGUGGAUCAAGUGGCGGCGAAGGCGCCUUGGUGGCAUUCCGAGGCUCAAUUCUAGGCGUGGGCACCGAUAUCGCAGGCUCGAUUCGCAUCCCAUCUCUAUGCUGCGGCGUUUACGGGUUCAAGCCAACCACUGCUCGAGUUCCGUUCGGUGGCCAAUUCUCCGGUGUAAUGGAGGGCUUGCCUGGACUCAUCCCUUCUGCGGGUCCCCUGGGCCACAACCUGAUGGACUUGAAGCUAUUCAUGGACACGGUCAUUGGAUCAGGAAACGCCUGGGAAUAUGAUCACACAGCUGCUGCUGUGCCGUGGAACAAGACUGCAACGGUCGGUAGCGACCGUAAUGGAAGUCUCACCAUCGGCGUGCUAUCUGAAGACAAACAUUUCCCCCUCCAUCCUCCUGUGAAACGCGCCCUGGAGCGUGCUGUCGAGGCCUUGACCAAGGCGGGUCACCGGAUCGUCCGUAUCGAAAAUGAUAGCAAGGAGAAUCUGUCUGUGGCAUAUGCCUCGCGAUUGGCAUUCCAGUAUUUAACCUACGGUCCUCAUGUUGAUAACAUCGGACCCAGCGGCGAGCCGCUGGUAGCUUCGGUGGCUAAGUUUGCUUCGCCAAUGUUCUCGGGCACUUGGCCUGUGGAGCAGGAACAGGAUACACUCUAUAAGGUGAGUGAGCUACAUGUGGCUCGGGAGAAGGUCUCGAAUGCCUGGCGUCAAGAAUGGGUAGAGAAGAAGUUGGAUGUUAUCUUGGCUCCGGGUUCACAGAACACGGCAGUUGGGUAUGAUACUUAUGGCUGGCCACCUUACACAGUGAUGUGGAACUUACUUGAUUACCCUGCUUGUAUUAUUCCAUUUGGAAAGGCAUCCAAGGAGUUGGACCCCGAGGAGAUGAAGACUGGAGACGAUGUACAGCCUGAUUAUCACCCGGAAGAAGUAGAUGGAGCCCCAUGUGCUAUUCAAAUCGUGACACCCCGUUUCCAAGACGAGAAGUGUCUUGCCGCUGCUGAACUGAUUGAACGAGCAAUCCGGGACUAGCUCCCACCAUGCAUUUUCUACCGAGCGCAAGUUAAACAUAG